GGAUAUCUUUGGUAUAAAUGUACCGGUGGUAAUUGGGUACUUGAUCAAGGUCGUAAUUUACUUUAUAAUAGCCAAGAAGAUUCGUUCUGUGACUCUUCAUCAGCCGUAGUUUCAUCAUAUUCAAUUCCAGGUGGCCAUGGUUUUAGGUCUCUUAUUCCAAAAUAUGAUACCUCAUCGGUGAAUUUAACUAAUGGUCCUACAACUCCAUCUCCUCGCCCAAAAGAAAAUCUUGCUUGGGGACUUGAAAUCGUUAAUAAUACCGAUGGAGUUGGUGCAUUUAAAGAUGUAACCUAUAAUGUUCGUGUAAAUACUCAAGGCGGUGUUGUUCCAUCAAACGUAAAAU